AUGGAACCACCGACUCCACGGACUGAGACAGAGUCAAUCGGACCUAGUACUUAUCCCAACACCAGUACGAAUAAUAACCACAACCGCCUACAACAAUCAUGCACCAGGUGUCGAGAGCGGAAGAUCAAGUGUGACCGCAACAGCCCUUGUCGCGCCUGCGUGGCGCGCAACUGCCAGGAUGAAUGCGAGUAUGUUAGGACUAACGAGGAUCGAUAUCACAUUAGCAAGGCCAAGGAGAUAGAAGGCUUGCGGCGAGAGCUGAAACACCUCAAAAGGCGAUUGGCAGAUGUCGAGGCGCAGGACAGGCCGAAGCAGCAUGGGAAUACCGCUGCUUCUGAUGCUUUUGAAGCUGAUUAUCAGUAUGCGGGCAGGUUUCAGAAGAGAAGGAUAGAGAAUAGGGAUGAAAAUGAGGAGUGGAAUCGGGGAUAUGCGUCCCGUGGUAUCUACGAUUCAGGUGGGAGCGUGCAGAAUGGCUUCAUUACACCAGACUACAACGGCUUUGAAUCUGCAAAUCUUGACGAAACAACUGCAACUGCAGACAUGGCUUUCAAGGGAUAUCAGUCCGUGCCACACAUAGCAAAGAGUGAACCAUCUCCUAUCCACAACUACAAUCAUACUAUCAGCACGACACUCCAUAGCCAGCUCCAGCAACAUCCGCAACCCGAUUUCUGGCGAGGAAAACAUGCGGUCUUGGAAACGAUCUACCAGAUUAUUUGCGAUUGCGAUGACUUCUGGGUGCCGUCUAUCAUCGAGAUUGUUCGGUCCAGCUUGUCACCAGAGGAAGCGUUGUUGGCUAUUCAGAGAAUGUUACUGGACAACCACGCUUUUGUGAUGGCCGAUGAUAUAGGCACUCUAGAAUCCUUGUCAUCGUCAAUACCCGCGUCUUUUGUUGGUGGUGGUGGUGUAGAUAUGAGCUUUACUGGGUGUGUUUCGCCAUCGGAUCAAUCUCCUUCGUCCGGGGAAGGAUGA